AUGGGCUGCAACAUGUGUGUGGUCAAACGUCAGGAGGAGCAGUACAGGAUCAUGCUCCAGCAGAAAGGAUGGAGCAGCUCCCUGAGACCGAUGGACCGACAUGGAGACAUGAAGGUCAGAGGUCGGAGAACCUCUCAGCCACCACUUGACAGGCCGCAAAACUCCCAGGAGGCCUUGCAGCCACCCGGCUCAGUGCGUAAGGGUCACAGGAGGAAAGGUACAGUCGUGUGCGGCAGCACCUCCAUCUCCUCUGUUACCAUGGUAGCCAUCCCUGACUGCAUGGACAGCUCCACGCAGACGGACCUCAGCUUCCAGAGCGUCAUGACGAUGGGGAGGAGCAGAGGUCACCACCCCCACCACGGCCGAGGAGGCUCCUCCUCCCCUCCCCCUCCUCCCCCCUCCCCUCCCCUCCCUCACCUCGGGGGGCCGUACGGGAUCAAUGAGUUCUGUGUGUUCGAGUACAAUGACCCCAACGACUACUUUGACGCGUCUCAUCAUGAGGUGGACAGACAGGAUGACCUGGAGUACGAGGAGGUGGAGCUCUACAAGUCCAGUCAGCAGGAGAAGCUGGGUCUGACCGUGUGCUACAGGACGGAGGACGAGGAGGACCUGGGGAUCUACGUGGGAGAGGUUAAUCCAAACAGCAUCGCAGCUAAAAAUGGACGAAUCCGAGAGGGCGACCGAAUAUUACAGAUUAACGGAGUCGAGAUUCAGAACAGAGAGGAAGCGGUGGCCAUUCUGACCCGAGAGGACAGCAUCAACUUCUCCCUGCUGCUGGCCAGGCCCGAUGUGGAGAAUGAAAACCCCGUGGACCCAGAGGAGGACAUGGAGCUGACGCUGGAGGGAGGAGUCCUCCACCCAAACCCUCAAGCUUCCUCCUGCUCCCUCAACUCGCCUCAUCUCUCAGGCUACUACCGCCUCCGCAGGGGAGGAGGAGGAGGAGGAGGAGGAGGAGGAGGAGGAGGAGGAGGCCUGCCCUGCCCUGGAGGAGGUGGGGAAGCAGGACGUGGAGACGGUGCAGGGGGUGACGGGGAAGUGGAGGAGGACGAGGAUGAAGAGGACGGAGAGAGAGGAGAGAAGGAGGACAGAGACCCACCCGUCCCUCUCCCUCCUCUGCUGAACCUGGCUCCACUGCUGUCCCACAGCCAGGAGCUGGACAGCGGCGUGGGCCGGACGGACGACAGCACCCGCUACGAGGAGCUGUCGGAGCAGGAGCUGCUGGGGGAGCAGACCAGCGCCUGCAACACCAACACCACCAACACGCCGGGGAGCAUCAGGAAGUUCAGGCCCAGCCCCAGGUAGGACCCAGUGCCCAGUCCCAGACUCAGUCCCGGCGUCGGCCCGAGUCCCAGGCCGACGCCCAGCCCUGGACGAGGGGACACCACCCCUCCUUUCCUCCACCUGCGAGACCUGCAGCUCAGCUCGGACUCCCUCCCCGGCCUCGAGUGGACGGCAGGAGGAGGAUCAGGAGCAGCAGCGUGCAGCCCCCACCACCUCCAUCACAAGCACCACCACCACCAUCACCAGCCGCCUCUGUCCAUGAUGAUGAUGAUGCCGGGCCUGACGGAGGAGGAGUGCCAGCGAUACCAGGAGCUGCUGGAGAUAAAAUGUCAAUACGAGAGACGCCAUAAAAAACACCAGAGAGAGACGGUGAAGAAAGGUCUGGACGCCACCGAUGUGCACGCAGAAGGUCGAGAGGAAAUACAGGAGGCGGAACAGGAAGAAGAGGAAGCUACUUCCUUCCUGGUGGUGGAUGUGAACUGCAACGAGACCCUGAGCGAGCACGAGAUGGCGCUCAUCGACGAGGAGCUGCGCCACCUGGAGUUCAAAUGCCGCAAUAUUCUGCGGGCACAGAAGAUGCAGCAGCUGAGAGAGCGAUGCCUGAAAGCCUGGAUGAUGGACGAGGAGCCGCCAGAGGGACGAGGUAAACAAGGGAAGAGGGAAUGUGACGUGGAUAACGUGGAUAACGAUGAUAACGACGACCCUCAUCAUCACGAGUUGUCGUCCAUCAACGAGCUGCCGGAGCGAUUGGACGACAGAGACAGCACCAGCGCCUACAACACCGGGGGGGAGAGCUGUCGGAGCACGCCAUUGGUCAGCACGGAGCAGAUCCCGCCUCUGCAGGAAGAGGAAGACGAAGCAGGGCGGCGACUGAUGUCUCCGCCUCCUCUCCUCCCCCUGGGUCUCCUCCCCCCUCUGAACUCCCCUCUGACCCCGCGGCGUCACAGGCGGGACAGAGAGAGACGCCACUCAAACCUCAGCUGCUCCUUCUCUCCAGGCACUUACAGGAAGUACGAAACAGCCAAUGGCAGCGGGGCAAAUGGCUCAAGCUCCACCCCCUCCACACCCUCCAAGUUCAGGUCUCUGACCAGGGAGGGGGCGUCGUCUUCAAGAAGGGGUGUGGCUGACCGAGGGCGGAGCUCCAUAGCAGAUGGAGCCGCCAACAGGCCUGGAGGAGGAAGUGCAGAGUCCAGUCCCUAUUUCACCCGGAGACACCACAGCCACAACCAACCACCGGAGCGCUACCAGAGCUGUAUGACCCUGCCCUCCGAGGGCCUGGUGGACCCCCUGGACCGGCUCAGAGACCGAACCAGGGCCGAGGGGGAGGAGAGGGGGGCGGGCACAGGGAGCAGCGGCCCGGCCAGUCCGAGGAGCGUGAACAGCGCCCCCUGUGGUCUGGAGGACCGCCACGCUGGAGCCUCACGGUUAGGACUGGUCUUACCACUUGGGCUGACCCAGUCGUCACCAACGGCUUCACGGCAGCGCAUGGAGUGGAAGGUGAAGAUCCGCAGCGACGGGACGCGCUACGUGGCCAAGCGGCCGGUCAGGGACCGACUGCUGAAGGCCAGAGCCAUGAAGAUCAGCGAGGAGCGCAGCGGCAUGACCACCGACGACGACGCCGCCAGCGAGAUGAAACAGGGCCGCUACUGGAGCAAAGAGGAGAGGAAGCAGCAGCUGCUCCGAGCCAGAGAGUACAGACGCAGACGAGAGCUCAUGAUGCAGAGCCGCCUGGACUAUCUCAAAGGAGACAGGUACGAUGACUCGGGGUCACGACUCAAUCCUGACCCAUUUCUCCAUGAACACUGCUCCUCCCGACAGGACUCCCCCAGCAACAACAUCCUGUCACUGAGCCAGAAGAAGAUCACCAAGAAGAGGAACCGGAGAAUCCUGGACAACUGGAUCACCAUCCAGGAGCUGCUGGCUCACGGAUCCAGGUCGCCAGACGGAAAGAAAAUAUACAACCCUCUGCUCUCUGUGACCACGGUGUGAUACGAGAACGGAGACGGAUGGAGGGAUGAACGUGAAAAUACAAACUUGGACCUAUUUUUUUUAGCUAGAAGUAACAAUUUUGUGGAAAUAGGAGAAAUUCUGGAGGAAAAGAGGAAACUUUUAUGGCUUCAAACUGUGACAAGGACAAAAGAUAUGAAGGAUUAAAGAAAUGAGAGGAAACAAAGAACUAAAACAUCAGAAGAUAGCAACUUUAUACAUUUUCAGGUUUGAGAACGAAUUGUGGAGCACAAGGAGAAGAGCUGAAGCUGGAGCACAGAAUCUGUGCUAUCCGAGUGCAAGCGCACAGCCUGAGCACAAGCAGAGCUCGAAGCACAAGCAGGGGCUUUAAAGCUUUAUAAGAUCUGAACGUCAGGUCAUGAAGUCCAGCUCUCACAGUGAAUACAGGGAAAAUGACCUCCUGUAGCAUGAGCUCAGUUUCCGAACCCAAAGUGAGGAGUCACAUGGUCUGUGAUGUAAUACAGAGUCUAUGUGUCACACUUUGUUUUCAUAUAGCGUUUCAUUUGAUUUUCUCCUCUUCAGACUUUGUACAGAAACGUAUGUGAUGACACAUAUUAAAAUAAUAGUAAAGUAUUAUUGAUGCAGCAUGAGGCGGAGCUCCAGUUUCAACACCACAAUGUGCAUUGGUGGAAACAUCCUCCUUCUAUCCCCGACGGUCAGAUCUCAAUGAUCGGCCAUGUUCCUCUCAUGCCUUUCAAUUUACAGCUGCAUCAUUUUCCCACAAUGCCUUUCGAAGACUCCAGGGGACCGAUAUGAUUGUUACGUGACUGUUUAUUUUUUACCUCAUUAUUACAUGUUACAAUGUUGAUAUUAUGUCCAUUAAAUUGUGAGGUCAUGAGGUCGAUCAUCGCAGCAGGAUGGUGGAUGAUGUGCCAGGCCUGUGUAACAGGAGAUAUUAUAAUGCAUGAAUUUAGUACUGAACUUUGUGGAUUAUUGAACAUAACUCUUGAUCUCAAGUCGUGUAGCGUACAAAGCGAUGUGCCGAACAUUUUUAGUAGUGAAAGGCGUGAAAGUGCAAACAA